AUGUUGGUGUGUUUCGGAGGGUGGUGUCGAAUCUCGCGCGAGUGCCCGGCUGCAUCUUGUGAAGCACCGCUGGGGCCCUGCCUCCAUGGACCAGCAUUGGACACGAAUGGAUGUGAAACAUGCUCCUGCUUUGAUCCUUGCAAGGGCGUCGGUUGCCCAGGGGACUCGUUUUGCGUCCCGGUCCCUCCCACGCACUGUCAGCAACCACCAUGCCGCCAUCUCCCGCGUUGCGUCAUCAACCCAUGCCCUAUCGGAGGGCCCAUUAAAGAUUCACACUCGCUACUGCCCCUGGAAUGUCGUGAGAAUAACCAGUGCCGGGAUGCGGCUACAGCAGCUUAUUGCCGGGCCCAUACCAGUCAGGGAGGAUACUGCUGCCCUGCGCCAGAACCACGUUCCGUGCCGGGGACCUGUCCAAGAGUUGGUGUGAGCACGGAAUGCAACCGGGAUUGUGUCCUCGAUGAUGCAUGCCCGCAAGGGCAUAAAUGUUGCUUUAAUGGGUGCGGAAUGGCAUGCCUUCCUGCUGUGCUGAGUCUAACCCCGACGCCUAAAGAGCCAAAAAUGGGCGCCUGCUUGGCGGUCGACAUGCCCGAGGAGUUUUGCGCCGGCAGGGAAGAUGAGGAGGAUGAAUGUGCCGUCAAUGAGGAGUGCCCCGGACUGGAGCUGUGCUGUCAUGUUGGAUGUGGAAGAAGAGCCUGCGCCCCUGCCUACGCCACAACACCGUGCCUUCAUGCCCGGGCUUCUGCUCAAACCCUGACGAACUUUAAUACCGGUUACCACGUCCCAACCUGCGAUUCUGAAGGGGCCUUCGAAGCCAUCCAAGCUGCGCACAGCCUGCGAUGGUGCGUCGACGAGGCUGGGCUCGAGAUUGCUGGCAAGUUUUCGAAAAGCACGAGAACGCUGGGCCGCGUGCCCAAAUGCCGCCUCCCACGCUCAUGCCGAAUUUUGCCGUGCACCAAGAAAUGCCCGCUUGGAUUACAACUCGACACCGACGGCUGCCCACUUUGCGAAUGCCGAGAUCCGUGCCGGGACGUCGUCUGUCGCAAGGGCCAUUAUUGCGCCUUGAUCGCCGUGCAAUGCAACGCCGACAAAUGCCCACCAGUUCCGCGCUGUGUACCCUCGACCUGCUCGCGCUCGUCGCAACCGCCCUUAACCACAGAAUCGCUGCUCAUCGAGUGUUCACCAUCUACGAAGUGUCCAACCGGACAUUACUGUACCACCACCGGAUUCGAGGGACGCGGAUAUUGUUGUCAGGGCCUAGGACCCGGCGGCAACUACCCGGCCUGCCCAGCCCUGCCCAGGUUGAAUGCGACGGCCGUAUCGACUUGUGACAUUCAGUGCUCGUCUCACGAAGAGUGCCCAGGCGCGUUGUGCUGCUUCAAUGGGUGCGGCGUCUCCUGCAUGUACAGGUGGGAAAGACCAAAGGACAAAACCCCGGCGCCGGAAAUUGACGCAGAGAUCGAGACGAACGCUGUGACGAUGCGAAAAAUAGCGCCGGCUGGGGAGAGAGGAUAUACGAAGCCUACAAUAAUCGAAAGAGCCGGGGUUUGUCCUCGACCAAGUCCGCUAGCCGACGAUUCGGAGAAUUGCGACGAUCGCUGUGGGAUUGACGACGACUGUCCGAGUUUUCAAAAAUGCUGCUCAACGGGAUGUCGAAAGGAAUGUGUCGACGUCGUGUUGCCCGGUUGUCUCAUGCUACUGGCCGCCCACCUUGAAGCGCUGGCCGCCAGCCAACCGGCCUCUCCCCUCCCACCGCCUGUCCAAUGUUCUCGGGCUGGUCGUUGGAAGGAUGUGCAAUGCGAUUUUAGGGCAAACGAAUGCUGGUGCGCCCACCCUGGCACCGGUAUCGAAAUCGUCGGCACGCGCACCGGAAGUGACGGGGCGUUGCCGGAUUGCUCGAGGCCCCGUCUUUGUUCAUCGCUAUGUGCGGCUUCGUCGUGCCCUCGUGGGCUGCUGCUUGACAAGUCCGGAUGCCCGUUGACGGAUUGCCAGUGUGCAUCGCCAUGUGAUCGGCUCGACUGCGCUUCACGCGGCCAAGUUUGCAUCGUGCAACAGGAGGAAUGUCUGGAUGCCGUGUGCCCGCUAAUUCCGAAAUGCGUGCCCUCGGCUUGCCCUGCCGUGUCUUCACCAAUUCUUCGACUGCGCUCUCCGCUUCUUUGCGGGCCAGCCCAUCAGAAUUGUCCGACCGGAGAGUGCUACCCGAUUGCCGGCCAUCUUGGGCUGGGUAUUUGCUGUCUACGAAUCUCGCGCGAGUGCCCGGCUGCAUCUUGUGAAGCACCGCUGGGGCCCUGCCUCCAUGGGCCAGCAUUGGACACGAAUGGAUGUGAAACAUGUUCCUGCUUUGAUCCUUGCAAGGGUGUCGGUUGCCCAGGGGACUCGUUUUGCGUCCCGGUCCCUCCCACGCACUGUCAGCAACCACCAUGCCGCCAUCUCCCGCGUUGCGUCAUCAACCCAUGCCCUAUCGGAGGGCCCAUUAAAGAUUCACACUCGCUACUGCCCCUGGAAUGUCGUGAGAAUAACCAGUGCCGGGAUGCGGCUACAGCAGCUUAUUGCCGGGCCCAUACCAGUCAGGGAGGAUACUGCUGCCCUGCGCCAGAACCACGUUCCGUGCCGGGGACCUGUCCAAGAGUUGGUGUGAGCAUGGAGUGCAACCGGGAUUGUGUCCUCGAUGAUGCAUGCCCGCAAGGGCAUAAAUGUUGCUUUAAUGGGUGCGGAAUGGCAUGCCUUCCUGCUGUGCUGAGUCUAACCCCGACGCCUAAAGAGCCAAAAAUGGGCGCCUGCUUGGCGGUCGCCAUGCCCGAGGAGUUUUGCGCCGGCAGGGAAGAUGAGGAGGAUGAAUGUGCCGUCAAUGAGGAGUGCCACGGACUGGAGCUGUGCUGUCAUGUUGGAUGUGGAAGAAGAGCCUGUGCCCCUGCCUACGCCACAACGCCGUGCCUUCAUGCCCGGGCUUCUGCUCAAACCCUGACGAACUUUAAUGCCGGUUACCACGUCCCAACCUGCGAUUCUGAAGGGGCCUUCGAAGCCAUCCAAGCUGCGCACAGCCUGCGAUGGUGCGUCGACGAGGCUGGGCUCGAGAUUGCUGGCAAGUUUUCGAAAAGCACGAGAACCCUGGGCCGCGUGCCCAAAUGCCGCCUCCCACGCUCAUGCCGAAUUUUCCCGUGCGCCAAGAAAUGCCCGCUUGGAUUACAACUCGACACCGACGGCUGCCCACUUUGCGAAUGCCGAGAUCCGUGCCGGGAUGUCGUCUGUCGCAAGGGGCAUUACUGCGCCUUGAUCGCCGUGCAAUGCAACGCCGACAAAUGCCCACCAGUUCCGCGCUGUGUACCCUCGACCUGCUCGCGCUCGUCGCAACCGCCCUUAACCACAGAAUCGUUGCUCAUCGAGUGUUCACCAUCGACGAAGUGUCCAACCGGACACUACUGUACCACCACCGGAUUCGAGGGACGCGGAUAUUGUUGUCGGGGCCUUGGACCCGGCGGCAACUACCCGGCCUGCCCAGCCCUGCCCAGGUUGAAUGCGACGGCCGUAUCAACUUGCGACAUUCAGUGCUCGUCUCACGAAGAGUGCCCAGGCGCGUUGUGCUGCUUCAAUGGGUGCGGCGUCUCCUGCAUGUACAGGUGGGAAAGACCAAGACCAAAGGACAAAACCCCGGCGCCGGAAAUUGACGCAGAGAUCGAGACGAACGCUGUGACGAUGCGAAAAAUAGCGCCGGCUGGGGAGAGAGGAUAUACGAAGCCUACAAUAAUCGAGAGAGCCGGGGUGUGUCCGCGGCCAAGUCCGCUGGCUGACGAUUCGGAGAAUUGCGACGAUCGCUGUGGGAUUGACGACGAUUGUCCGAGCUUUCAAAAAUGCUGCUCAACGGGAUGUCGAAAGGAAUGUGUCGGCGUCGUGUUGCCCGGUUGUCUCAUGCUACUGGCCGCCCACCUUGAAGCGCUGGCCGCCAGCCAACCGGCCUCUCCCCUCCCACCACCUGUCCAAUGUUCUCGGGCUGGUCGUUGGAAAGAUGUGCAAUGCGAUAUUAGGGCAAACGAAUGCUGGUGCGCCCACCCUGGCACCGGUAUCGAAAUCGUCGGCACGCGCACCGGAAGUGACGGGGCGUUGCCGGAUUGUUCGAGACCCCGUCCUUGUUCAUCGCUAUGUGCGGCAUCGUCGUGCCCUCGUGGGCUGCUGCUCGACAAGACGGGGUGCCCGUUGACGGAUUGCCAGUGUGCAUCGCCAUGUGAUCGGCUCGACUGCGCUUCUCGCGGCCAAGUUUGCAUCGUGCAACAGGAGGAAUGUCUGGAUGCCGUGUGCCCGCUAAUUCCGAAAUGCGUCCCUUCGGCUUGCCCUGCCGUGUCUUCACCAAUUCUUCGAUUGCGCUCUCCGCUUCUUUGCGGGCCAGCCCAUCAGAAUUGUCCGACCGGAGAGUGUUACCCGAUUGCCGGCCAUCUUGGGCUGGGUAUUUGCUGUCUACGAACAGCCCGCCCAAUGAUCGAGCCAUCUCCAGGAAUAUCAUCUCCACCUCGUCAUACUAAUUGCAAUCUUCUGCGCGUCACCUACGACACGAUACGCAAUCUGGGCGGCCAGGUGAUGGCCGCGGAGCCGGUUUGUCAACAUGCCAAUGGCCAAUUCUCCACGGUUCAAUGCGAACUGUCGGGCAGUUGCCGCUGUGUCGAGCCGUCGACCGGGGCCGAAGUGCUCGGCUCGAAAAAAGUCCCACUAAUCGGGCAAGACGUUUGCUCAGCACCGCUGGCUCUGUGCGCGGUGCGAUGCGUCGUUGGGUGUCCGUUUGGGGUGGAAACCGACGGAGUGGGGAAAGACCGCUCGAUGUUGUGCCCGGCCGACUACUAUUGCGCUGGCGAGGAUGGGAAUGGACGCGGCGUGUGCUGCCCAGGGGGUGAAUCGCCCGCCAGCUCGCAAUGCCCGCACGGUCAGCCUUAUUCAGCUGGAGCUGAAGGCUCGGUGGCCGAAUGCACGGCACUGGCAAACGGAUGUCCCGCCACACACUAUUGCCUCACCAAACCCGGAAGCACGGCUGGGGUGUGCUGCGUCACAAAAAGACAUGUCUGCCACGACAAAGCUGACCCCGGCGGCUGUUCCCUUUCCAACCAACGCUACUACUACUCGGCCGACGAGCGAACUUGCCUGCCAAUGGAAUAUGGAGGCUGUGGAGGCAACCUGAACAAUUUCCCCACCCGCGAUCUUUGCGAACGCUUCUGUGAAGGCAUCGGCUUCAACAUGGACACCCCCUUACUGUCCGACGAUGGCCGCGUCAGCGAGCAGUACGAAAUGGGCUUCAUGCUCAAGGGCCCCAAGGUCGAGAGUCAAGCCCGGGGCCAACUGAAGGCCGACCUGCUCGCGGCGCUGUUGUCCCGAUUCGGGCUGACCGAGCGUGAGGUUCGGGAUCUGUCGCUGCGAGGUGCGGAUGCCGUCCGGUUCGUCGUCCAGAGCCCGGAUGCUCGCGUCAAGGCGCAACGCAUUCAUGAAGCGGUGAUGGACGGAUCGUUGUUAGUUCGGCACAAAAACGGGAUAUACGCUGCGGAACCGCAGACCUGGUUCGCCACCCAAGUCGCUGAACCCGCCGAAGUUGAUGGGAAAUCCAUCUACUGGGCGGUCCUCGUUGCGGCGACGAUUCUCUGCCUCGUGGUGUUCGCCGUUUUAUGCUGUGCUUGCUCGUGGGUCAUCCAGUCGAAAGAUCGAAACGGUGACUCGGCACGCUCUUCACCAACAGAUUGCCGAUCUCAUUCAUUCUCGCAUCGGGUGCCGGUGCUCCACUCCUCCAGCACAUCAACCCAACGAAUCCACUCUGACCGCUCCUCCCGGGCUCACAUGCUAAACUAU